GUGGGUCGGUGCGUGCGGCCCUCCGGCUUUGCCCUCGCCAUGGCCCCCUGGAUGCGGCUGCUGUGGCUGCUGGCGCUGCUCCCGGGUGCGGCCCCCCGCCCGGCCGGGCCCGCGGUGGCCGACGCGCAGGCCUGGGGACCGCCGGCCCCCGAGCUGCUGGAGCCGGCCCGCUUCGCGCUGGAGAUGUACAACCGCGGCCGGACUCCGGAGACGCGGGCCGUGCUGGGGGCCGUCCGCGGGCGCGUCCGCCGGGCGGGCGACGGCUCGCUGUACUCCCUGGAGGCCACCCUGGAGGAGGCACCUUGCAACAACCCCACCGUGUGCCAGCUCCCCGAGACCAGGAGCACCCUACUCUGCAGUUUCGAAGUCUUGAAAGAGGAAGGAAAACAAAUGCUGCUGAGUAGAGAAUGUAGUCCAGUGGAUACCAAGGUUACAGACAACAGAAAUGGGACUCUCGGCACAUUCCUUUCAAUGAUGAAAGCAGCUCAUCCAUCCCAGGCCCUUUCUUCGAAGAUUUCUACACUCUUCAGGGACUUCGUUGUCACCUAUAACAAGACUUACGAGACAAGGCAAGAACUCGAGCUGCGCAUGUCCAUCUUUUCCCAAAACAUGAUACAAGCACAGAAGAUCCAGGCCCUGGACCGUGGCACGGCUGAGUAUGGGAUCACCAAGUUUAGUGACCUCACAGAAGAGGAGUUCCAUACCAUCUAUCUGAAUCCACUCCUGCAUGAGAUGUCUGGCAAGAAGAUGAACCCAGCCAAGCCGGUGGAUGAAUCUGCACCACCUGAAUUUGACUGGAGGAGCAAGGGCGCUGUCACUGAAGUCAAGAACCAGGGCAUGUGCGGCUCCUGCUGGGCCUUCUCUGUCACAGGCAAUGUGGAGGGCCAGUGGUUCCUGAAGCAGGACACCCUGCUGUCCCUCUCAGAGCAGGAGCUCGUGGACUGUGACAAGAUGGACAAGGCCUGCCUAGGAGGCUUGCCCUCCAAUGCCUACACAGCCAUAAAGAAUUUGGGAGGGCUGGAGACCGAGGAUGACUAUAAGUAUCAAGGUCACCGGCAGGUCUGCAACUUCACUGCACAGAAGGCCAAGGUCUACAUCAAUGACUCUGUGGAGCUCAGCCAGGAUGAACAGAAGCUGGCAGCCUGGCUGGCUAAGAAGGGCCCGAUCUCUGUCGCCAUCAAUGCUUUUGGCAUGCAGUUCUACCGCCACGGGAUCGCCCACCCACUCCGGCCCCUCUGCAGCCCUUGGUUCAUUGAUCAUGCUGUGCUGAUUGUGGGCUAUGGCAACCGCUCUGAGAUUCCCUUCUGGGCCAUCAAGAACAGCUGGGGGGCUGACUGGGGUGAGAAGGGUUACUACUACUUGCAUCGUGGGUCCGGGGCCUGUGGUGUGAACACCAUGGCUAGCUCAGCAGUGGUGAUCUGAGGAAGCUAUUGGUGCAGAACCUGCUGAGCAGAGAGUCCUUUUCCUGGCCCCUAUGUCCAGGCCCCUCCCCAGGAGGCACAGCUGGCUGAGAAAUAGGCACUGGGUACUUCAAGAGGGUGAGCAGACUGCACUGGGCCCCAUAUUUCCUCCACCCUACUCCUACCCUGCCAUUCUUCGGCUGAACCAUUGGUGAAUUGUGGUUGCUCAGGGGAUCCCGGGGUCAUUGGGUGCUUUCUGUGGCAGCCAGAGUCGGGUCAGGAACCCUGGGCAUAGGAUAAGGAGCACAGAAUGAAAAGUAUUCCAGACUUCAACCCAGUUCCAUCCUCAGCAGGCUCUGGCUUCCUGCCUUGGCUUUCCUCUGUCUGAUGCAAUGUUAUUUUCUGGUCCCCCUGGAUUUGGGGACAGAGUCCUACAUCUAGGGAACUUGUAAUCACCCUUUACUAACAGCAAUAAAGAGAUGUCCUGGU